AUGGCUCAAGAUUCAGUAGACCUUUUUUCUGAGUAUCAGUUUUGGAUGCAGAAACUUUCUGUAUGGGACCAGGCCUCCACUUUGGAAGCCCAACAAGACACCUGUAUUCACCUGCCUCAGUUCCAGAGGUUCCUGAGGAGCAUGUAUAAAGCUUUGAAAGAGAUGGAUUCUAGUACAAUCAUUGAAAGAUUCCCAACAAUUGGUCAACUAUUGGCAAAAACUUGCUGGAAUCCUUUUAUCUUAGCAUAUGAUGAAAGCCAAAAAAUUCUAAUAUGGUGCUUAUGCUGUCUGAUUAACAAAGAACCACAGAAUUCUGGAGAAUCGAAAUUUAAUUCCUGGAUACGGAGUCUGUUAUCUUUUAUACUUUCGGCAUUUAGAUUCAAUAUAAAAGAAGUCAGCCUUUUUUCUCAACGUCUCGGGUAUGCACCUACAGAUUACUACCCUGGUUUGCUUACAAAUAUGGUUUCAUCAUUAGUGUCUGAACUCGGAGAGAAUCCUCUUAAUGGAUUUAACACUCAAAGGCGGAUGGAACAAGUUACAUCCCUGUCACAGGUUUGCAUCCCCCUGGUCACUCUUCCAGAACUUGAACCCUUGGUGGAGGCUCUGCUCACCUACCAAGGAGAUGAACCUCAGGAAAUCCUCUGCCCUGAGUUCUUUGAAGCUGUGAAUGAGGCCUUUUUACUGAAGAAGAUUUCUCUCCCAACAUUGGCUGUCAUCUGCCUGUGGCUUCGCCAUCUUCCCAGCCUUGAAAAAGCAAUGCUGCGUCUUUUUGAAAAGCUGCUGUCCAGUGAAAGAAAUCAUCUGCAGAGAAUCGAACACUGUAUAAAAGAUUCAUUGCUGCCUCAAGCAGCUUGUCAUCCUGCCAUAUUCAGAAUCGUAGAUGAGAUGUUCAGGUGUGCCCUCUUGGGGACCGAUGGGGCCCCAGAAGUCCUGGCUGCUCUUCAGGUGUUCACACGAUGCUUUGUAGAAGCUCUGGAGAAAGAAAACAAGCAGGUGAAGUUUGCACUCAAGAUCUACUUUCCUUAUGCUUCUCCAUCUCUUGUUAUGCUACUGCUUCAACACCCUAAAGAUAUCCCACUGGAACACUGGUGCCAGUCAUUGACGCACAUGUCUGAAAUGCUCAGAGAAAUGGUUGAAGGCCAGACCGAUGGGUCCUACAGAGGUGCCUUUGAGAGCUGGUUUUUGUUCAUUCACUUUGGCGGAUGGGCUGAUAUUGCGGCUGAGCAGUUGCUGAUCUCAGAAGCCGAACCCCCGGAGGCCCUUCUGUGGCUCCUGGCAUUCUCCUCCAGUCCCCACGAUGGGAGUCAGCAGAGAGCACAAACCAUGGUAGAGGUGAAGGUGGUGAUCGGUCGCCUCCUGAAGCUGUUCAGGAGUCCAACCCUCUCAGGCCAGGAUCUACAGACAGCAGCUGGUGAGGACAGAGAAGGAGACCCCAGGCCUCUGGCAUGUCAACGGCUGGUCAGGCACCUCCUCCUGAGCUUCCUGCUCUGGGCUCCUAGAGGCCACACCAUCGCCAGGGAAGUCAUCACCCUUAUGGCUCAAACUGAAGAGAUAACCCACGAGAUCAUUGGCUUCCUUGACCAGACACUAUACAGAUGGGAUCAGCUUUGUGUCGAAGCCCCUAAAUCUGGAAGAGUGGCCAGACAGCUCCUCGCAGAGCUGCGGACUCAAGUGGACCACGUGGAGGCUCAGGGAGGCCCUGGGACAGUUUAG